AUGACGCGUGCAUAUAUAGGCCGGUUCGGGAUCGCCGUAAUAAAGCUGUGGAUCUUAGCAGUGUUGCUCACACAAGCUGUGCUCCUUCCGCCGCCGCCGUCCGCCGUCGAGAUGAGCUCGAUCCCUGACCCCGAUGCUCCUCCCAGGGUGGAGGAGAGGAGGAUCACCUACACGAAGGAGUCCCUGCUCUCUGUUCGUGAGGCCUGCCGCGACAAGCUGCCCGCUGGCAUCCACGCAUGGUCGGAGCCACCUCGAACGCGUGCAGGAAGCAAAUCGAAGAAGAUAGACAAGAUAUGCACCAGGUUUUUCAGCGCCGGCGAUUGCCCCUUCGGCGAGGACUGCCGUUUCCUCCAUCGCGUUCCCAGCGGCGACCAGGAACCCGGCCAGGCCGUUGCCAAGAAGAUGAGCAAGUUGGACCUAGGCGGCGACCCGGCUCAACCACGGGUGCCCAUGUCUGCCACUGCACCGGCCACCGUCAAGACUCGGCUCUGCAAGAACCACGGCGCGCCGGAGGGGUGCAAGUGGGGGGACAGGUGCCACUUCGCGCACGGCGACCGCGAGCUCGGCAAGCCCAUGGGAGCCGGGAGCAGCUUCAAGACCAGGCUGUGCGUGAGCUUCGUCGCCGGCGGGUCGUGCGCCUUCGCCGGCAGGUGCCACUUCGCCCAUGGCAAGGACGAGCUGCGCAGGCCAGACGCGUCUUGA